AAGUCUGACAUUGACUUGACAAGGUAUGGAAUUUACAAUUCAAUUGAAACAAUUGUCAAUGAACCUUGCAUUCUUACAUGUCUCAGGAACUCUGGUCUUGUUACAGAUGAGAAGAUGAAGUAUCUUGAGUCAUGUGUGAAGACAAGGUACAUUCUCAGAGGUCAAUUGGCAAAAAUUGCACCGUUGGCAAAUGUCAAUAUCCGAGUCAACAUACCUACAGCUAAAGGUUCUUCACAUGACGACUAUGUUGUUGAGUUCAAUUUACCAUGGUUGAAGAUUGUAAUUGUCCACAACCAUUUCAUGUUGAACGAAAGUCUUACAAACCCAUUGUUCGGAAAAGGCAAGUGCAACAUUGUCAGAGCUGUAAACAUUCUUUUCGAGAAAGGUUUGUUGGAACCAAUUCCAGAUGACAAGCUGACAGAAACUUUUGUACCAAAAGACGAAACAAACUUUUCAUUGUUAGCAAGACCAAAAGUUGUUCCAGACAAAGUUCUAGUACAAAAGAAGUACACAGUUCCACAAGGAGUUGGUAUGUUCGGAUACCAACCUGAACCAGAAGAACUUCCAAUGAGGUUGCAAGAACUUCAAGAUGCUAUAAACAAACUUCCAUUGAGACAUCCAAUUGACGUCAAAUUGUAUUGGAGAGCAUCUGAGUUAGGUCAGAAGGUUUUAUAUGAAACAGGUUGCUUCGACGAUGUUUAUGAGAUAACAGGAGAAGUUUCUCAGAAGAUAAGAGACUCACUUGAAUUUCCACAAACUGGACCAAUUGGUUGCGACAAGUUCGACUCAGAUGAAAAGAUAUACUAUGUCGACCUUAACGCCGCAUACAUGAGGUUUGUCCAAUAUAUUCCGACUGGAAUUCCAAACGAAGAUGGUGAGUUCCCGGGAAGGAACUAUACAGUUGGAAAAGUUAUACAACAACUGUAUGAUAUUAGGAAAGCUUCAAACCCCAAACUUGCAAUGACACUCAAAUUGCUUAUGAAUUCGACAUGGGGAUAUUCCAUUAAGAAACCUCAAGAGAUGAAGAGUAAACAUUAUGAGAAGGUCGACAACUUUGUUGAAAGGUUUUCUCCUUUUGUUUUGAAGUACGAAUUCACUCAAGGUCAAAGUGGCUUAGUAACCACAUUAAAACCUAUUGUCGAACAUUGGUCUUACCCUCAGUUCGCAAAGGCAGUCCUUGACGAGUACAACAAAUUCUUCUCCGAAGUCAAAUCCAAAGUUGUGGUUUACUAUGAGAACAUUGACGCACUCAUGACGAACGAAGAAGGAUACAACAAACUCAUUGAAAUGGGUUUAGUCGGUGAAAAGAUGGGCUGUUUUAAGCUAGAUAAGGUAUUUUCCGAAGUUCAUGUAAUAUCGAAAAGGAAAUAUUGGGGUAUACUUGAAGACGGCACAGAAAUAAAACAUUGCAUGAAAUAA